AUGAAGAAGAAGACCACUGUGUGCUCCACCUGCAAGGCACACUUCCUCAUUGACGUGGAUUACGCCAAUCACCUUCCAUCCAACAGCAAGAAAUGUGGAGGCCACAACUCAGCGUUCGUGGUUGGGGGACUUGGUAGCGCCGGUCGUCAUUUCGGAAGAUCUAUCUACUCAAGGUCAGGUGGUGAAGUGACAAGCUAUCAUGGAUGGGAGAUGGUCGGUGGGUGUAGCCCCCCAAAUCUGCAGCCGAGGAGGUGCCUUGGGAAACCAGGCAGUAAUGGCGCCAGCUUUUUGAAAAUGGGAGGCACGCGAGUAGAAGUGACGUGGCUCAAGGGGGAUGGCCGAAAGGAGGAGCAUUUAAUGGACCCUGACAUCGAAGGGUCGUGUCGGUCCAGUUCCGUCGCUUCAGCUGAUAGCCUGACCAGUGCACUUGCACAGGCGAAGGCGGAGGAAUGCGGAAGGCAGCGGAAUCGUGCUGGUAAGUACGUUUUGACACUUAGAUUCCGUCCCUAUCCAUAUGUGAUUGUGUUGAUGUGUGGGAAAGCAGUAGAAAGGAUGUCGAGCCGAUCAGACCUAUCCAACUUGCAAGAAACGCCGAGCAGCCGAUCGGUGUUUAGGGAUGAUAGGGAGGAUGAGGGAGUGGUAGAGCAAAUGUUCGAAGCAGCCGACCAAAUGGGUGAAGAUAUGCCGGUUGGGCUAGGUGAGAGAGGAAGGGGAUGCGGCCGAGGGGAGCUCAGGUGGGUCAGAGGGAGGAGAGAUGAGCACGGAUGA